CAAAUAAUUAAAUGGCGUCUUUUUUUCUUUGUUCAUUUUUUGGAUGAUUUUCGUUCGGUAAACAUUGGAUUUUAGUGUUAAAUAAAAGCCAGACGUCUUGAACCCUGGUUGGAUAUCUAACGAAGCCCAGGUAGAGCUUUGGUAUGGAUGUUGUUAGCUCUGAACUUGAUGAUCAACAUCAUGGACUGUAUGAGGUCAGGGAGCUUGAGCAGGGCCAGGGAUGUGUGGUCAAGAACGAACCGGAAGAACUUGCCCACAAAUUGGAUGAUUCAUCUGAGCAAGAUCAGUCUCUUGGUCCAUCUAGUAACCAGUUCAGUUCAAACUUCGAAUCUGAAUUUGACUCUGGUGAUACGUUCAGUUCAAACAUUCGCAUAAAGGCAGAACCAGAUGUUGACACAGUGAGUGACAUUAGUAAGACUUUUUACUGCACAGAGGGUGCAUCAGAUGAUUUCAAUGACUACGGAACUGAGUUGACUAAAACAGAGACUCCAAGCUCAGAGUCUGAGUUUGAGGAGUCUAGUGCUCAGGAUAAUGUUACAAUCAAAACGGAACCUGCUGAUGACUACUAUGAUGAGCCAAGUUCAUCAGCAAGCUCUUAUCCUUACGGGGCACCAGCUGGUGAGUGGCAGGGAGAAGGAAAUGAGUUGCUACCUUCAGCAGGGCCUGUUCCUGUGUGCCUCAUACCAGCAGCUGGGAACCGGGGUCUGUUGAGAAUCGAUGUUGAAGACCCGCUCCAUCCUGUGCAGAGUGGAGUCGUGAAAGAGGAGCCUGCAGAGGAAGACAUAGACGGGAGUAGUAACGAUGCCAGCGUGGCUGAUGAUGAUCAGAUGUGUUUGAACCAAGACAAUCAAGCUGGAGAUGACACUGUUUCAUCUUCUGGUUGGCGUGUCGAGGCCAAUUAUCCGCAUUCUGUAACCCGGUCCCAACUGUCUUCGGUUGAAACAGGGAACAAACAGGACAAGAAUAAAGCACAUAAGUGCAAAAGAUGUAACACAACAUUCCCAUGGAAAGGAUUGCUUGAAUCUCAUAAGUGCGGAGUGAAACCUUUCAAAUGUGACCAGUGUGAUAAGUCAUUCAACCAUAGUAAUAACUUGAAAUAUCACAGACGAAGCCACACAGGGGAAAAACCUUUCACAUGUGACCAGUGUGAUGAAGUAUUUUCGCACCGAACUUAUCUUACACGACAUAAAAUGGUUCACACAGGAGAAAGACCAUACACCUGUGACCAGUGCGAUAAAACUUUUAUAUCCAAUAGUGAUCGGACCAGACAUAGGCGUAUUCAUACAGGGGAAAGACCAUUUAAAUGUGACCAGUGUGAUAAAGCAUUCACACAGAGUAGUGCACUCUCUAAGCAUAAGUAUCAACACACAGGAGAAAGACCAGUGUUUCGCUGUGACCUGUGUGAUAAAACCUUCACGCAGAGUAGCGCGCUCUAUCAGCAUCAACGCAAUGUCCAUUCAGGAGGAAUACCUGGCUACAAGUGCGAUGUAUGUGGCAAGGCAUUCAAAAAGAGUAGCAACCUGAGCCGGCACUUACAAAUCCAUACAGGAGAAAAACCAUUCGCCUGUGACCAGUGCGGUAAAACAUUCGCGUACAGUAAUGAUUUGACAAAACACAAACGGGUUCAUACUGGAGAAAGACCUUAUGCCUGUGACCAGUGUGAUAAGAUCUUUGUCUGCAGUGGCGAUCUUGGCAGACAUCGACGAAUUCAUUCUGAGGAAAGGCCGUAUGCGUGUGAUCAGUGUGAUAAAACAUUCAAGCAAAGUAGUACUUUGUAUCAGCAUAGAUUUACUCAUACUGGUCAGAGACCAUUUGCCUGUGACCAGUGUGACAAAACGUUUGCAUGGAGUAGUGAAGUUUCUCAGCAUAAACUUUCAUCUUCUGGUUUGCGUGUCGAGACCAAUUGUACGCAUGCUACAAUCAAGUCCCACCUGUCUUCAGUCAAAACAGGAAACACCUUAGUCAAAAAGGACAAGAAAAAAGGUCACAAAUGUGAAAGAUGUAACGCGACGUUCCCGUGGAAAGGAUUGCUUGAAUCUCAUAAGUGCGGAGUGAAGCCUUUCAAAUGUGACCUGUGUGAUAAGUCAUUCAACCAUAGUAAUAACUUAAGAUAUCAUAAGCGAAGCCACACUGGUGAAAGGCCAUUCAAAUGUGACGAGUGUGACCGGGAUUUUACACACAGAACUAAUCUUUCACGACACAAAACAACUCACACAGGAGAAAGACCAUAUCCUUGUGAUCAGUGUGAUAAAACCUUCAUCACUAGUAGUGAUCGGGCCAGACAUAAUCGUAUUCACACAGGAGAAAGACCAUUUAAGUGCGACCAGUGCGACAAAGACUUUGCUUAUAAAUCUCAUCUCACAGUGCAUCAGCGUAUUCAUACGGGAGAAAAACCAUUCAGAUGUGACCAGUGUAAUGAAGCAUUUUCAGACGGAACUUAUUUUACCAAACAUAAAAUGAUUCACACAGGAGAAAGACCAUAUGCUUGUGACUUGUGUGAUAAAACUUUUAUAUCCAAUAGUGAUCGGACCAGACAUAGGCGUAUUCAUACAGGGGAAAGACCAUAUAAAUGUGACCGGUGUGAUAAAGCAUUCACACAGAGUAGUGCACUCAAUAAGCAUAAGUAUCAACACACAAGAUAAAGACCAGUGUUGACUCAAAAAGAGUAGGGCCUUGAAUUGACACUUACAAGCUCCAGAAAGACCUUCAUGGGGAGUGGCGAUCUUUUGAGACAGAAACGAACUGUUAUUUAGAUAAUGUAAAUGUAUUACAUGUAUAAGAUGAAGCAGCGAAUAA